AUGGAGCACUCCUUCCACUUCUACCCGCCCAUCAACUCCACCACCAUCAGCCAGCCAACGAACUUCAGCUUUUAUGGAUUCCAAAGCGAAUCAGACACUACCCAAAUCACACCAGAGCUCUGGAUCUCCCACUCAUCAUCACCAGAACAACAGCAGGAGUGGGAAGCUAUCAGCUUCAACAAACUCAAUGAUCAAACACAGCUCUGGCAUACCACCAUCCAACUCAAACCAAACAGCCUAUACUCAUUCACCUACAGACUCAAACUCAAGAAAACAACAACCGAAGAAACCAUCAUCUGGAUUGCCAAACCAACUCAAGAUGCCCACAUCCAAACAACAGCCAACAACAACAACAACAACAACAACACAUUCAUCCAGCACUUACUCAAAACACUAUCAAACAACACCAUCCAAUACAACAACAACAACCAGCAAACAAUCCAACACAACCGACUCACUCUCAAACCAACUGCCAUCCAUCAUCAUCAGAAUGCCCAACUCCACCCUAUUCCCCUGCCAACAUCCCAAGACCAUGAUCAUCAUUAUAUACUCGCAUUCCAACGAACCAAACCCACCUGGUUCACCCCACAGCCACUCCGCAACCUAUCCGAGAUCCCAGAGACACUCGACACCCAACUGCUCAUCAUCGCAGACACCCAACAGCUCGCCAUCAUCCUCCCCAUCAGCACUCAGACUCACUCCUCAUCCAUCAGAGCCACCCCUGCCUCCCCCCUCACAAUAUCCACCCAAUUUAACACAACCACACCAGAACCCAAGCCCGAGCUAGUCCUGAUCACCGGUCCCACCUCAGAGCUACGACGGAUGAUCAUCGAGCUACUCCCCCACCAACUGCAUCCCGAUCAAGCCGCCACAGUACUACCACCACCCCAGCCCAAGGGAAUGGGAUACUGCACAUGGAACUCGCUGGGGCCCAAGUACACCCUCUCCCAGGUGAUCGCCAUCCUCGACAGCUUCCGUGUACAUCGCAUCCUCCCCGCACUCGAUCGUCUUCUCCUCGACGACGGCUGGCAGGACCUCAACGGAAAUCGAUUGGCCGGCUGGGGCGCCCCUCAGUCUUGGCUCGAUAUCCCCCUCCCCCAUCCAUCGACUCUCACUGAGGCUGUCAAGGCUAUCAAGAACUACCCCGGAAGCCCAAUCCAAUUGGUCGGCGUAUGGAUCACGAUCACUGGCUAUUGGGGCGGAAUCGAUCCUCACUCAGAACUCAUGCAUUCCUACGACCUCCAGAAAUGGGCCAUCCGUCCAUCCUCCAGCCACUCCCCUAGUCCUCCUGGGGAUGAUGAUCUCUGUUGGCUCUUGCCUAGUCGGGCUCGCUUGCGCUCGUUUUGGGACUCUUACUUUGGCUUUCUUAGGGCUGCUGGCGUGGAUUUCGUCAAGAUGGAUAAUCAAGCAGGUUUGGAUCGCUUACUCUUCUGCGAAACCGAUCCGAGUGAAGACCCACACACAUAUCGAAGCACUUUAUUGGAUCUGGUCGAUGAAUUGAUGUCUGUCCAUUUCGUACAGCAGCCGGGUUCAGAAGAAAACGUGAUCCAUUCGAUGGCGCAUUCCCCCUCAAUUUGGUUUCGAGAGGAUCGAAAGGAUGGCCUUCAUGGCCUGUCUUGCAAGAAGAAGAAAGUGAUGAGGACCAGCGACGAUUUUUUCCCCGAUCUCAAAACACCCAACGGCCAUCGAUGGCACAUCCUUUCCAACGCUUUCGUCUCGAUCCUAGCACAGGGAAGAGGCUAUAUCCCCGACUUUGAUAUGACGAUGAGUCGACACGAGUGGGCCGGAUACCACGGAUGUUUUCGGGCGUUCUCGAGUGCGCCGAUCUACCUGACCGAUCGGCUCGGCCAACACGAUCUGGCUCUUUGUGAGCGACUGACGGCCAUCUUGAAGGCCGAUCCUUCCCGCAGGGCGGUCGUCCAGCCCAGCGAUGGCAGCGCGGGGGCCGUCUUGUCCAGCUGCGCUCUCGGCAAGCCUGCCCUUGAGCUCAGCGAUCCUGCGUCACCGUGGGGGCUCUUGAAAGUUAGCCUUGCAGUGCCCUAUUCCUCGGGGGCCUUGAUCGGGAUCUGGAAUGUCAAGCAGGACGACAGCUGUUCCUCGACCAAGGCGAUCGACGUGCUCACCGCUCGAGACAUUGCCGAGUCGAUGAUGGACCUACGUUCCCUCGCGUCCCUGCAGAAAGACGGGCCAGUGGAAUCAAAGAAGGUCGAUCUGGCCCUCGUCAGUCUGCAUCAACCACUAGAAGACUCGCCCCUUCCGAUCAUCCGUCGACUCGAGCUGCUUCGUGACUUCGACCUGGAAGCCGAGAGACAUCUUCCACAGAGCUCGUCCCCUCCGAUCGUCGAGUGUGUUCUUGAUGGCCGGCCUGAGAGUGCGUUCGAGGUCUGGCGGAUCGCCUCCUUCCUCGAUCUGCCGCCCCCUCCUAUUCUUCCCAAGGGCAGCCAGACGACUGAGGACAUCCGGAUCCAGGUGGCCAGCCUGGGACUGUUGGACCAAUUCGUAGGCUUAUGUGCCGUCACUACUACGUCUCCGCCAUCUUCCUCUGUUGUCAACCAGCCCUUGAGCUCGUCCGGAUCUGAUCAACCGGCCGUUGGUCAACUUAGACCAUCGGAAACGGAGACCGUCGACGAGCGAGAUGGAACGGAGGACGGAGGACUGGUGGAUUUCGUCGCCGCCAUCCUUCGUCGUCCCGCCUCCCUCAAAAAGACACAACGUCUGAGCGCUAUCCUCCGCAGGAUUCUCAGACAUCCACUCCGAUCAAUCGUCUUUGAACUCCGUAGUCUUGCCAAGUUGGGCUGGAACUGGCUCGUCUCGCUCUUCUUUUACUUCUUCUUCUCGCCCCUUUCCUCAUCCUCAUCUCCGUCUGGCUCUUCGUCUUCGAUCCAGAAAGCUCACCGACCAGGCCACCAUCGACUCUCUUCCGACACUCCUAGUGCUCAUGACCCCCAGCUUCCAUCCACAACUACCAAGACUUCAUCCGGGUCGGUGGAUGAUCAGCCGGAGGGUGUUCGGUUUAGAUCUUUAUUCAAUGGGCCUCUAGGCUUCCUCAUCUGCCUCACUCGUCCUCCUUCUCACUCGAACCAUCAUCACCACAAUUCUUCUUCUUCUUCUUCUUCUUCUUCGUUAUCUGCUCUCAUCCAACUUCGCGUCAAUGGCCAUCUUGUCCCGCUGGAUCAAGACGGAAUCGAUGGCUCUCUUCAUCCUCCUCCUCAUCAUCAUCUUACUGUUGACAUGGUUCCGAUCCCUCAUCAUUCUUCUUUCUCCACUGGCGCUGAUCCUGAUCCUGAUGCUCGCAUCGAUCAGUCUCUCUUCUUCGUCACCAUCGACCCGGCCGGGCUUGACUUCGGGCCGAAUAGCUCGGCGCCCGUUCUGGAGCUUGGUUCGUCGGGCCCUUCGGCCCAGCCGCGGUCUCCCCAUCCAUCUCUCUCUGGCCACUAUUGGGAGAUCUCCGUCCACAGAAAAAAGGCUGGGAGCUGA